GGAGCCCUUCAGGCCUCCCGCGCCCGACCGGCAGCCCAAUCCUAUAAAGCUUCCUCUAAGCUGGGCCCUCCGCAAACGGGAUCCAGAGAGGCUCGCGCCUUGCUUGCUAAGGAACCAUGACCGGCCGGGACUCGCUUUCCGACGGGCGCACUAGCAGCAGGGCCCUGGUGCCUGGCGGUUCCCCUAGGGGCUCGCGCCCCCGGGGCUUCGCCAUCACGGACCUGCUGGGCUUGGAGGCCGAGCUGCCGGCGCCCGCUGGCCCAGGACAGGGAUCUGGCUGCGAGGGUCCGGCAGUCGCGCCGUGCCCGGGCCCGGGGCUUGACGGCUCCAGCCUGGCGCGUGGGGCCCUACCGCUGGGACUCGGCCUCCUCUGUGGCUUCGGCACGCAGCCGCCGGCGGCCGCUCGAGCGCCCUGCCUGCUCCUAGCGGACGUGCCGUUCCUGCCGCCCAGGGGCCCCGAGCCCGCUGCCCCGCUGGCUCCCAGCCGUCCGCCGCCUGCGCUCGGCCGCCAGAAGUGCAGCGAGAGCGUCUCCACGUCCGAUGAGGACAGCCAGUCUGAAGACAGGAAUGACCUAAAGGCAUCCCCCACCUUGGGCAAGAGGAAGAAGCGGCGGCACAGGACAGUUUUCACUGCUCACCAGCUGGAAGAGUUGGAGAAGGCGUUCAGCGAGGCCCACUACCCUGAUGUGUAUGCCCGAGAAAUGCUGGCUGUGAAAACUGAGCUCCCUGAAGACCGGAUACAGGUCUGGUUUCAAAACCGCAGGGCCAAAUGGCGCAAGCGGGAGAAGCGCUGGGGCGGCAGCAGCGUGAUGGCCGAGUACGGGCUGUACGGGGCUAUGGUGCGCCACUGCAUCCCGCUGCCAGACUCCGUGCUCAACUCCGCCGAGGGCGGCCUGCUGGGCUCCUGCGCGCCCUGGCUCCUGGGGAUGCAUAAAAAAUCCAUGGGGAUGAUAAGGAAGCCAGGAAGUGAAGAUAAGUUGGCAGGACUCUGGGGCUCUGACCACUUCAAAGAAGGUUCUAGCCAGAGUGAGUCAGGAUCACAGAGAGGCUCAGAUAAAGUGAGCCCUGAGAAUGGCUUGGAAGAUGUGGCUAUUGACCUCUCCAGCUCUGCCCGGCAGGAGACCAAGAAAGUGCACCCUGGGGCUGGUGCUCAAGGAGGCUCCAACUCCACGGCACUGGAGGGGCCCCAGCCAGGGAAGGUGGGAGCCAUAUGAGACCCACAGGUCCCACUGUCAAAGGCUGAAAAUGUGCAUAUUCCUCACUGGCAUUUUCCAAAAGACAAAAAUGGUCCAAGACAUAUACUCUCAGUUUGAUUUUCUUCUGACAAUGUCAAGAUAAAAUGCAAUGCCACUUGCUUUAAGAGGACAGAUGAGUGACCUAGGGAAAAUUCUAUUUCAUUCUAGAAUGGAAACGGUUCCUUAAUGGCACUUUAACCAGUUAACUUGGUGCAAAACUUUUGAUUCUCUUUUGUAGCUUGAGCAGGGAGGAUCCGAAGUUCAAAAAUGAUUUCACUGCUGGGCAUCAUUUGAGAUGUGUGGUUCAAUGUACUGUAUAGAUGAAUAGGUUAGGUCUGAUGUCCUCAUUCUCAAUUAGGAAAUAUAAAAUUGUUUAAUAUCCAGAAGAAUCUGAUAUCAUUAUAGUGAAGACUCCAUACAGACACAUGAAUGAAUUAUAUUGUCUUUACCUUGAACUUGGCCUUGGAUAUUUCAAUUUUCUUGUUAGGGAGUAGUUUUGUGUUUUCUUGAGUGUCACUUGAUAGGCUAUGCAUAUUGGAAUUCAAAGAAACCCAUACUCUAGUCGUUUCUGCAUUUCCUUUAAAAAUAGCAUGGGAUCAUAUUUAAACAAUUGUUGGAUAGCUGGAAACAGUGUUUUUAGGUCAGACCAGGCUUUUGGUCUUUCAAAAUUUGUGAUUGAAAGCACUUUAGUGACUUGGAUUUUGUAAAUCUUUCCUUUCCUGCGUUUCCUUUGCCAUUUAUUUAUUCUUUAAAAAUAAACAUUUUGUGGUGUGUUUACUUUUCAAGGCACUCCUCUAUUACACACUUGUACAUCUCCACUAUCUCUGAUCCCAGCCAGGCUCUCCCUUCACCCCUUCUCAAUCUGGGGACAUGUGACACGUUUUAUUCUUCAGGCUGCAGCUCUUACCAUGUGUUGCUUUGUCAACUCCUCUGGGGCAGCAGCUGUGUCUGAUUCACUCUUUGGAGUUCAGAGGCCAGAAAGAUACCUUCUAGUUGAUGGGAAAAUAUGGUGCUUCCUGAAGAAGGAAGGGCAGUACAAGGAAAGUGUGGAACUGCUCAUUGUGAGGGCUUUCUCUGGGAACUGGCCCAGUGAUCUGUCAGGCUAGGCUUGGUGCUCCCAUCUCUGCAGGUGAGAAAACAGAAGCUCUCUCCCUUUGGCCUAUUUUUCUCAUCCUAUGCUAGUUCCAUACUCUUGGGAAAAUUAAACAUCACCAGUUCCUUUCUGUAGCAACAGAAAAUGAUAAGCCCUAUGUUCUUGUAUUAAUUCUGGCUAAUAGAUAUCAUAACUGAGGCCUGAGACUGCACCCAUAAUGAGCAGUUGGCAUGAACUCUAGAAGUUCUUCUGUCUUUCCUGUUUAGAGACAGCAGCCCUGGCUCCAGGCUCUGUAGCCACACAGGUUCUGCCUCCCAGAGGGUUGGUUCUCAACACAUUUCCUCAUGUUUACUCCUCGGUUGUUGCCUCCAUCCCUCUUCCUUAGCUUAUCCAGGAUUGAGUUUGGGAGAGGGAACCAGUAAGCUGUGCAACUUACAUACAUCACACUUAGACAAUACGGGCAGCCACUAAAAUUGUAACAGUAAGGCUUAUUUAUUAAUGUGGAAUGAUGCUGACAAAAUUUUGCUGAGUAAAAAAAACCCUAAAAAAGAAAAAAGAUAGAAAUAAACAAAUAUGUAAAGCAGAAUGAAAAUGAAAUGAAUAACCUUAACAACUGGUUCUGCAUACAAAAUAUACAAGUAGUGGACAAAUCUCUAUGUAAUAUUACAAAGGAAAAGGAGAAAAUAGGAAGUGGCACGAGAGAAAGGGGCUAGAAGCACUGAAGUAAAAAUGGAAGGAUGCUUUCUUAACAUAAGGAACUCUCUUCAAUAUGGCAGGUUAAUAUUUUAUAAUGUAUACAUACAUACACGUGUUUAUAUGUACAUAUAUAAGAGCAGAGUCUUUGAGGCGGCUUUGCCACCUCUAGCCAUGUGACCUUGGAUGAGUUUCACUACCUUUCUGAUCUCUUGGUUUUUCAACUGUAAAAUGGGGAUGACAACAGAACACUCAUUUUUCUGAAGAUUAAAUGAGAUGACAUGAGUAAUAUACUUGGCUCACUUUCUGGUGUAACUGAGGAAGGAGCAAAUUAAAUAUUAACUAUUAUUACUGUAAUUAUUGGAAUCUCUAUUAAUAUCAAAAAUCAAACGAGAAAGUUUAUCAUUAUCAUUUUUUGACAAUAUGGGACAAACAAAAUAAAUCAUGGAAUAAUAGCUUGUUGGAAUGGUCUGCAACAACAACUCAAGAAGAACUCUACGAACACAGCAAAACGUCGCCCUAAGAGCAGGGCUCGGUGUGUCAUCGGGCUGCUCUCUCCCUGGCUGUGCAAGGACCAGGAGCUCAACUGGCCACCCCCCACAGAGGACCACCGCUGUCCUGUGUGACUAGAGUCUGGAGACGAGGACUUUGAGCCGCUCGCGAACAUCAUCAGGAAUCCAGGACUCAAGCUUGUCCCUGCAAGGUCACUGGAGGUUCCUGAAGUCCAGACAUCACAGUGGAGAUUACCUAUGGCCACAUUUCAUCAAGGAGUAAACCCCCACCUGCUAGCAGACCCUCUCUCACUCCUCAUUGGUCAGCACUGCAUGUCACGCUCAGGCCUAAGCCAAUCAUCACCAGCCAGGUG